AUGAGUACCAACCUCCAAGAUUGGGUAGAGCUGUUGAAUGCCGAACAGCAUGUGCAGGUGGACAAGCUGAGGGAACAUGCCAGACAUGGAGUAGCAGCCAGAGUGAGAGGUGAAGUUUGGCUAUACCUUCUCGAAGUUCUAUCAGAAGACAAAACAGCCGAGAUUACCUCCCUCUUAUCACUCAAUACGACUUACCAGGCCCUACCUCAUGAGAUCCCUUCGGAGCUCACUGCGAGUCUGAUGAGGAUAGCUUUGGGUCAUCAUACCAAACGAUUUAGGAAUGAGACGUACGCGGGGUUGAUCAGUUCUCUCACUGCUGAAAAGGGUCGGAACGGUGAUACAAGAAAUAACAAUAACAAGAAUGGAAUAUCGCCUUUACUCAGUUCGAUAGAGAAGAACCCACCACCUCCAAUCAAUUUGAAUUCGAAUUUGAACAGUGGUACGAAGGAUGUUGAUGGUGAAGAAGGUAUGAAUGGAGAAGAUGGCGAAGAAGAUGAUAAUCUGAAUACUUUACGAUCCCAAUUAUCAAGAAUACUUCCACCACCACCUAAUUCACCCCCGUCAAGACACACUUAUAUAUCGAUCAUAGAAGAAGUAUUAGGUAAAUACUACAACUCAGAGAAUCUCCUAGGAAAGAACAACGACGAAAAUACAAAAAACAGUUAUUAUGGGGAUGAAUGUGAAGAUAAGAAUAACUGGAUAUACCUUGUUACUCCCUUUAUAUGCGUUUUGAGUAGACCUGUGGGUGUGUUUUUGGGUUUUCAGAAAUUGAUGAAAAGGAUGAAAACAUUCCCAUCGAUACCCUCACGCUUAGCAUCGUUCCUCACCCUCUUUCGAAUAUCCUUACCUGAAUUACACUCAUAUUGCGAAGACGAACAGGUUCCUUAUAUACAAGUGGCAAUGAGUUGGAUGACGACGUUGUUGGCUAAGGAGAUGUGGUUGAGUGAUGUAUUGCGAUUAUGGGACGCAUAUCUAGCUUCCGACGAUAUGUUCGCUUUGCAUUGCUAUGUCUGCGUAGCAAUUUUGUCAACAUGUAAAGAAACCCUCGAAGAAUUGGAUGGAUCAGAAGCUAAAUUGUUUCUUUUGGAUUUACCUCCAUUGGAUGUUGAUAGAUUACUUCAAGAUGCGGCUAAUCUAAGAGUCUCUUUCCCUCUACCUCGACCGGUGGACGAUGAAGUGUAG